AUGGACGACUAUUUACAAAGCUUCCCAACAGUCGAAGAAGCAAAAAGAACAAGUAAAGAAGUGGACCUCAUACACAAAAGUGGAGGUUUCGAACUAAGAGGAUGGACAUCGAACUAUCCAUCCACUAUUAACACAAUGGAAAUCAACCAUCCCGACCACAUUAAUUUAGGAGACCACGAUAAAUAUGGGAAGACAUUGGGCAUGAUAUGGCAAACCAACAACGACGCAUUACGAUUUACUGUCAACCUUCGCAACACGCCCGACGACGUCACUAAAGAAACAAGACCACCAACCAAACGCGAAGUCGCAAGCGCUGUCAUGUCAGUAUUCGGACCGCUAGGUUUAGCCACUCCAGUUUUAAUACAAGGAAAAAUACUUAUACAGCAACUAUGGCGCACCGGAAUAAAUUGGGACGACCACAUACCCGACACGCUUAGAGACCAUUGGUCAAAAUGGCUCAACAACCUAGCAUAUCUAAAAGAUCUAAACGUUCCACGAUGUACAGAUUCCUGUAACGAGGGGGAACUACAUACCUUCGUAGACGCCAGUGAAACCAUCUAUGCCGCUGCAACAUACUGGAAAACUACUAUGAACAACCAGGUCAGCAUAAAACUAAUAGCAGCAAAAGCCAAGGUGGCCCCACUCAAACCUACCUCUAUACCACGAUUAGAAUUACAAGCCGCAGUGCUUGGCUGCCGUCUAGCAAACAGCAUUCACCAAGAAAUGGACACCAAUAUUAAGAAGAAGUAUUACUGGUCAGACUCUCGAACGGUAUUAGCAUGGAUCAAAUCCGACCCACGCACGUUCAAAACCUUCGUCGCACACAGACUAGCUGAAAUAGAAGAACUCUCAAAAACAUCAGAAUGGAGAUACGUACCCACUAAACAAAACGUAGCUGACGACGCAACUAGAUCGGCACCCCGAAAUUUCGACAGCAACCAUCGAUGGUUCAACGGUCCAGAAUUCCUAAAACUUGACUGCAACGAAUGGCCUCAAGAUCACAGUGAUCGCUCACUACAAGUUACGGGCGAAGAAAAAACACAGACAGUAGCCACGGCGCGUCUCGUUUAA